UAGGGUUUCCUCUCCUUCUCGGACAUCUAGAUUUCAGGAACGGACUGAUCUGGCAAACCCAUAGCAGAGAGAUGGGGUCGAGAGACAGAGAGCGGGAACAGGCGACGCAGCAUCAGCAGCCUCACAUCAGCAGCCUCGUCGUGAGGCCGUCGGUCAGCGACGGAGGAGACGGCGGUCGCCGAGAAGGCGGCCGACUCGCUGGCGGUGGCGACCACGAACCCGGUGAGGUCCAUCGCGAUUCGUCUCCACAUUCUCGCUCGGAUCGGUACAAGGGUGAUCUCGGACAUAGAACUCGGGCAGGUUCUCGUUCUCCUGCCCGCCGUGCGGAUAGAGAUCACGGAUAUGGCUCCGAUAUUGACCAUUCCAGUGGCGCUCCUCGUGGUCAUGAGUUCGGCAACAGAAGGGAAACCUCUGGGAGAUACAGAGAUCAUUCACCAUCUGGUAUUAGAGGUGGAGCUGGUGCUCGAUCUAAUGGCAGAGGUCUGGAUGGGCCUGGACUUGGGCGCGGACCUAUAAGAGGUGAUGGCAUUCAACGAAACAAUAACCCAAAUGUGCGACCAAGAGAAGGAGAUUGGUUCUGUCCAGAUCCACUCUGCAGAAACUUGAACUUUGCGAGACGGGAGAGCUGCAACAACUGCAAGAGGCAUAGGUAUGCACCUGUAGCUAGUCCUCCUCCACGACCUCGUCGGGAUUAUUCUCUCUCUCCUCCCCGACACUUCCCAGGCCCUCCCAUCGAUCUCUCUCCAGGACGUGGCCUUAACGGCUACAGGUCUCCCCCUCAUGCCUGGCCCCGGGAUUCCACCUCUCGAGACCUGCUCCCGCCCCCGAGGCAUGAUCCUCCCGCUUGGAGAGACCGAGACCGAGAGCGGGAGCAACUGCAUUACCUGGAAGAUGAUUACCCGAGGAGAAGACCGGUGUUGGAUUGUGGAAGAGACCCGCUACGGAAACCUCACUACGAGAGGCAGCGGCCACCCGGACACGAUGUUCGAGACAGGAGCAGGUCCCCGAUGAGGGGUGGCCCACCACCUCCGCCGCCGCUGAGGAACUACCGCCGUGACAGUUACUUGGAAAGAGGACAAGGCGAGCGCGGCGGCAGUUCAAGAGGCCGGUUGGGCAAUGGUUACUAACGGAUUUGGGGAAAACAUUGUCUUGAAUUUGGUUAAACUGUCGGAAAACUUUCCUCCUAGUGUGGUGGUGCUGCUUGUAUCUCUCUCCUUCUAUUUGAUGUUGCAAAUUUUGUUGAGCUUAUAAAAAAUUUUCGGACACAAU